CACGCACAGCGACCAGCGGGCGGGGGAGGAGGGAGAGAUUGGAGGCGCCCCGCCCAGUCAGCAAGGCUAUCCGUCCCUCGUGCGACCGCCAAGAUGGUGGUGGGUGCGUUCCCCAUGGCGAAGCUGCUAUACUUGGGCAUCCGGCAGAUCAGCAAGCCGCUUGCCAACCGCAUUAAGGAGGGCGCCCGCCGGAGCGAGUUCUUCAAGACCUAUGUCUGCCUCCCGCCGGCUCAGCUGUACCACUGGGCGGAGAUGCGGGCCAAGAUGCGCCUCAUGGGCUUCAACGCCGAGGCGGUGAAGCCGCUGAACGAGGAGGCGGCAGCUGACCUGGGCGCCGAGCUGCUGGGCGAGGCCACCAUCUUCCUGCUGGCCUGCGCCUGCAUCGUGCUGGAGUACUGGCGCCAGCGGGCGCAGCAGCGCCGGCGGGAGCUGCAGCAGCGCGACGCCUGGGGCGAGAUGCGGGACGAGGUGGAGCGCCUGGGGCUGGCGCUGGAGGCGCUGCAGGCGCAGGUGCAGGCGGCGCCCACGCAGAGCGCCCUGGACGAGCUGCGGGCCGAGAUACAAGACCUGCGCGCCCACAGCCGCCGCCAGGACAAGCCCAAGGCGCCCAGAGCCUGAGGACUAGGAGGCCGCCAGGCGCUGGCCUUGGACGUGACUUUCCCGGUGUGGCCGUCUGUCCGCCCUGUGCCCUCCUGAACCGGUCCAGCUAAUACCACCCGGUCCCUCUGGGGCAGAACGGAUCCCAGGCCGGGGCUCAACCAACCAGGCUUUUGGCCACUUCCCCCCACAGGUGGGCCCGCAGGACGCGCUGUCCCUCACACCUGCACUGGCCCGCGGGGGUCCUCCCCUUUCCCCGGAAACAUCGCUCCUUCGCCACCCUUGCAGUGGAGAUGCACAACUGUCUGCUCCGCUCUCCAUGGGGGUGAGGAACAGGAUGGACCUCGGAAAGCUUUAGCUCCCGCAGGUCACCUGGGGGGCCCGGCUUCGGUCCCCCGUUGGCACCGCUACUGCGGGCCCCUCCCGAGCGAUCAUUCCAGCAGCUGCACCAGCACCUCCGUCCGGGCACAGCCCACAGCAAAGGCUGGCAGCUCCCCGCCCCUGCUCCCGGCCGUCCAGGGGACGCGGCCCUUUAGGUUGGAAAAACCGGUGCUGCCCGGGGGCUGAACAAUUGUUUUGACCAAAGCCCCCGUUUGCCGGCAGUUCUGGGCCCUCGGCCGUCCUUACCGCCACCUCCUUCAUGGGGACCCGCCUGUUCUACUACACGGGCAACGGCCAUGACCCCACCUCUCACCCAAGCCUGCCCUUCAGAACACUCAGGGAUUCCCUCGUCCUUUUUGCCUUUGGACUGGCCCCCAGUCCCCUCAUGCAAAGGCUUCCUCCACGGCACCACUGGCCCUCAGCCCGAAGUUCCCACCCCCCCACAGGGAACAUUCCUCCAGGCAGUCCCUGCCUGACCCCAUGAACCACCGCAGGGGUGUGCGUGAGCUCUGACUUCCGAAUGCAAUUUUUUUUUUAGACUGGAGAUGUUUUCUAAUUAAAGGGGCAUCUCAGUGUGUCUGAGUACCGCGGUGCAUGCCGGUAAAAAGGACACAGGGUCGUUAAAAUGGAAAAGCCGGAGGUUCUGAUGGGAAGGGGGCAGAGGAUCCUUCUAAGCGUCCUUUCCCAAGGCCUCCGGGCAGCAAAGGGACUGGCCCCAGGCCACCCGUCCGGGAGGGACAGCCCGGGCCUUCUCUCGGAUGGGGAAGAGGUUGGACUGGGGCAGGAGGGGGGAGGAGGAAUGAGGAAGGGCCUAGGCAAGGGGCAUGGACAGGGAGGGAGGGAGGGAGGUCUGCUGAGAGGUCAGAGGGGGCAGAGCCGGCCUGGCUGAAGGAAGGAGCUGAGGGAACUGGAACUGGUGCAGGGUGGGAAGAAGGACGAAGAGGAGCAGGUGGAUUGCUGGGGCGGGGGACAGCACCCUGCUCCCGUCCUCAUCCGAGCAGCCCUUCCAAUCACUCCAGAAAGCUCAGCGUUUAUAAAAACAGGCAGGUUUAUUCCGCAGGGCCCAUUUUCAAGAAGCUGGAGGUGAAGGUGGGAGAGCGGAGGCGAGCUGUCCUCCCCUUUUCCUCCCUCCUUCACCUUAUUCUCCCGAAGGGGAUAAAAACGGCCUGGACCCCCAAACCUACCCAAAUAAAAAACCAAAAAACUGAGGUUCCAAAAAGUUACAGCAUCUUAAUUCCUCAUAGAAAAGGGGAAGGAGCCAGAGGGAGGGGGUGCCCCCAGCCUGGUGGGACACCCCCUCCCCACCUUAAAUAGCUGCCCGAAUGGGACAAGCCUGGGGCUAAAGCAUUUAAAAACUCCCCAUUUUAUCAAAACCAAA